AUGAAGUCUUUGUUCAAUCUAAAAAACUCGGCAUCACCACCCGCACCAUCUGCGCAAGCUUGCAGCGUCUCCAAUCCACCUGACAUACGGCCUCAGCGACGUGAUACACCAUCGCCAUCCACAUCAUCUCCGCAGGCUUUCAGCCUCCCCGAUCGACCUGAGAUAACGGCUCAGCGAAAUGGUUCCCCUCAGUCCAACUUGUCGGGUCAAACCAGUUCACCACAGCGACCAAGCCUGUUAGAUCAAAUCACAGAGAACCUGGAGAUGAGCGAAUUCGAUAAAAAGAGGUUCUUGCCGCUGGACUGCCUCGCACGCAUUGUUUGCAGGCAAAACAUCCAGCCAGCACUGCCGGGAGCAGAAGAGGAACUACUCAACUUCAUAACCCAGGACGCAGCCAAGGUUUUUGCCACAGUGCUCCGAGCAACCAAAAAGUCCGGCAACAAACUUGUAGCGAUCAUGAGGAAAUUCCACACAAACAACUUCCACGACGACCUUCUGCCUCAUGGAAACGAUCCUCAAUGCACGUAUGCUGGGAAGAGCAAAUGUAACCAUCACAAAGUCUUCGAUGCACUCCAUGACAAGAUACACUGGGAUGUUACCUCCGUUCAGGACUUUUUCGAUAUGAGAUGGAUUUUUCUGGCACCUGAAUUCAAGGAAUCUACUUUCCGUCAUGAUCUUGCACCCAACAGCAUCUUACCCUUUGUGAGGGUCGAGGAAGAUGCUGCCAAAAAUCUUGUCGGAGGCUUCAGCAGAGUGCAAAAAGCCGUGAUACACAAGAGCCAUCAGACAAUUCUCCCGACAACUGGAACCGGACUUACUGUUGCUAUCAAAGAGUUGCAGCCAUCCAUGGACACCGACUAUCCAGAUCCCAAGACGGCAUGGGAACUGGAGCUGCAUGCGCUUGAUGGCACCAGGUCCGGCAGACACACGCAUGAACAUUUGACAAGCGCCAUUGCAGCGUUCCAAAAGAAUGGCAGAUACUACCUUGUCUUCGAAUGGGCAGACGGAGGCAGCCUUCAACAGUUCUGGGAAAAAAACGAAAAGCCGGACCUCAGUGCAGACCUCGUCCAGGAUGUCCUUGAACAGCUGCAUGGCCUCUCCGGUGCACUAUUAUGCCUGCAUGGCGGCAACCCCAGAGCCAUCGACCGCAGGACCUCCAAUCCCGAGGCCAAUGCCCUCGGAGCGGAAGACGACAAUGACGGCGAUUUCAAUACCAUCGACGACCGGGCAAUUGAUUUCAGGGCCGACGAAGCUGGCCAUUGGCGCCAUGGAGACUUGAAGCCUGCCAACAUUCUGAGGUUCAGAUGUCCCGACUCGAACAACCCGAAGCCACUGGGAACGCUUCAGAUUGCCGAUCUUGGACUGGCGAGACGUCACACGGCGCAAACACGAGACCGAGUAGGACCGACGAGCAUGAAAUACGGGACCGUGAAGUACGAAGGUCCCGAAGCCCACCCCAUGAACGCCAAAUCGAAACCCCGGACCCGACUUUACGAUGUAUGGUCAAUGGGAUGCAUCACCUUGGAGUUCAUCAUCUGGCUUCUUCACGGCGACCGUGGCUUGCAAGAGUUUGAUCGCCAGACACUCGAUGCAAACCGCAUCGACGACAGCAUGCAUCAAGAUUUGAUUGGGACAAACUUUUACCUGUUCAAGGGAGGCAACCGAUUUGAGGUGAACGACAUCGCAACAUACUGGAUGGCCAAGAUUCAAGAAAAAGAUCCCGAGUGCGAAAGCGGCAAGAACAGUGCUCUCAAUGACUUGCUCACCCUUGUCAGAACGAAGCUGCUUGUCAUCGAGACCAACACAAAAGACAGUGGCAACGGAGCCAGGACUGAUCCAUGUCGCGCAACUGCAUCCGAGCUUGAGCAAGAGCUGCGGGAAAUGAAGAAGAAGGGUGAGAAUGAUCGCGGGUACCUGUUUACGGGAAGCAAACGAGACAAAGUCGUGAUUCCGAGCAAGCCGAGAUCGCCUUUCCAGACCUUCCUAACGGUACCUGGGCAUGGACUGGGUAUACAAGGGCAUCAAGUCACGUCUCAAGAUUCUGCUUCUUACGAAGAGAAACGCAUUGAACUUCCAGCCCAACCUUUGGAUACCCAAUAUACCCAUACCCUGAAUGAUACUUGGACGUUUAUCGUUGAUAAUGAUUUUGCACUGGAUGCAUUCCGCGGAACCAACUUCGCUGGGACUGUCCCAUCUCCAUCAGUCACCAAAAUCCUCUGCAAGCGUUGUCAAGACUUGAGGUUUUCGCAACCUGACUUUGGACUGGAGGACGACGUGACCAAGCUUUCCGAGAAGGCCCAAGGCUGCAACAUCUGCCGCCUCUUUUACCGGGCUUGCAUCGAUCUGGGAAUCACCGGACAAAUUCAACUGUACCGCGAUGGAUCUACGAUCCGGAAGACAGGUCUCGGUCGUCCCGUCCUAUCAAUAUGUAGAAGCCCAAACAUUGCGGGCGGCUUGGAGGAUCUCCAGAUUGGCUUCCCAACCCUGCCGGAAGGAGGCGAAACACGUUUUCGAGUCCUUCGUCAAUGGCUCGAACACUGCAAUGGCCAACACGAUUGCCAUUCAAACGCGCCAGGCACCUUGCCGAAAAGAGUCAUUGACGUGAGGCCAGACAAUGACGCAGACUCUGUGCGCCUAUGCGAGACGAAAAGUCAAAAUGGAGAGUACGUUGCGUUAUCUCACCGUUGGGGCAUGAAAGUCAGAAAUCCUCCAUUCGCUACAACCAAGGAAAACAUUCGUGAACGUCUGGAGCGGAAUUACGAGAUGGCUGCUCUUCCACGAACGUUUCAAGAUGCUGUGACAGUCACCAGAGCACUGGGAAUCCGGUAUCUAUGGAUCGACUCGAUAUGCAUCAUCCAAGGCCCUGAUGGCGACUGGGAUGAACAGGCGAAGUGCAUGGAGGAUGUAUUCAGCUCUGCAUCCUGUGUGGUUGCCGCAACAAGAGCAUCAGGAACGGCAGAUGGCUUUCUGAAACCUCCACGUCCGCGAGACUUUGUGACGGUGUCGGAUGGCUCAGCAAACUGUCUUUAUGUCUGCGAGGCAAUCGAUGACUUUGACGGCCACGUCACGGAAGCAGAGCUCAACACACGGGGCUGGGUAUUCCAAGAGAGAGCCCUGGCGCGGAGAACAAUCCACUUUGCGAAGGAGCAGACCUACUGGGAGUGCGGCCACGGCAUUCGUUGUGAAAGCCUCACAAAAAUGGCAAACAGCAAAGCAGCACUGCUGGGCGACUCCGACUUCCCCAACGUCGCGAGGAACCAAUCGAAGGGCGGCAUCAUCGUCUUUUUCGAGACUUUCUACAAGCAAUACUCGCGGCUUGCCCUGUCGGUAAGCACAGAUCGGCCCGUUGCUAUCGCUGGAUUGGAGAUCAGGCUGAUCCGGGCUCUCGGAGUCCAUGGCGGAUACGGAAUCUUCGACAGUCACAGACCCGGCCUUGAAGGUUUCUUAGGACGAAGUCUGCUGUGGAUGCGCGGUUCGGAUGUGCAAUCCAUGGUCAAGAUCAACUUCGGGCCAGACGACAACGUGCCUUCAUGGUCUUGGAUGGCGUAUGAGGGAGGGAUCGACUACCUGGACGUUCCUUUCAACGAGGUUGCCUGGGACAAGGACCAAAUCAAAUCGCCUUGGGACCGGAAGCUCUCUCAGCAAUCUUCGUGGCACACGGCUGAUCGAGGAGCCAGCUCCAAGCUCACGGCUAGAGCACGCGGGUUCUCAGACUCAGCAGAUGACAGCAUCAUCUACGAUCGAGGAGGUCGACCGGUGGGGCAAGAAUUAAAGUGUGUUGUGAUCGGAAGGUCUAAGCUUGAGGAGCCAAGUGGCCGACGGACGCAUUAUGUGUUGAUCAUCGGAAAGCGGAGGAGACAUGAUUGGGAGCGUGUUGGUGUUGGAAAGUUAAUGGGGAAAGACAUAGCCGUUGAGGACAGCGGGUCACUUGUUUCAAUUUCUUGA